AUGGAUACUUUUCAGAUGAGGAACGUAAAUAUUGCUUACAAUGCCUCAUGGACAUUUGUUAAUACUGCUAACCUUUGGUUUGCCGCUUUGCUCAGUAUUUUGUACUGUGUAAAAAUCGCUAACUUCUCCCAGCCUCUCUUCGUCCAAAUGAAGCGGAGAUUCCCUGGGCUGGUGCCUUGGCUGCUUCUGGGGACAGUGGUCUUCUCUGCAAUCACAGCGACCAUCGAGACAACCAUGGACAAGUUCUUUCCCUUCAUUACAUUUUUCUCCUCAUCCAUUUUACUACUAACUUCCCUGUGGAGGCACAAAAAUCUUUUACAAAACAGUGCAAGGGAUGUCAGCACAGAAGUUCACCUGAAUGCCAUCAAAGCUCUGGCUUCUUUUUCCAUUCUCUACGUUUCCAGCUUUUGUGUGGAAAUAUUGGCAACGUUCUUCGUUUUGAUGGGCAUGAAAGUCAUUGGGAUGCAAUUAUUGUUUAUUAAUGUGCUUGCUGCAUAUUCCUCUGGCCAUGCCAUCAUCCUGAUCUUAAUUAAUCCCAAACUGAAACAGGAAUCAGUCAAGAUGCUACAUCAACUUAAAUGCUGA